AAAAUAUUAUUGUUUACAGGUCCUUCUCAGCCUGAUGAAGAUGAUUAUGGAUACGUAUCGCAAGAAGCUUCUACAUUCUACAAUCAGUUAAUGAACAAAUAUAAUAGUUUACCUCCAGAGAAACCUAUUUUUAAUAAUAAUGAAAAAAGAACAAUAAAGGAUAUUGCAUCUACAAAGGAUAGAGUAAAACAAGCUUUAAAACAGCAAGAACUCGAGGAGAAUAGUGGACAUAGGCGCAAAAAGAAAUCAUUCGCUACAAAUGUAAAAGAAGCUGAAAUUGAUGAAAAAAUGGAGAAGAACAUUGCUGAUAAAAUCAAAGAAGAGGGCAAGGAGGAAAAGCCGAAACCGAAGAGAAAGUCGUUACCACCGCCUAUGGGUUUUGCGGAACUUUUAAAACUUGCGGAGAAAAAACAGCAUGAGCCUGUGAUGGUAGAAGUUAAGCCAAAAGUGGAAGAGGAACGACCAAUGACAAAACGUCAAAAAAUUGAAUAUAUACAGGAAAGAGACAGAAAGGAGCGAGGGAGAAAAGAUUUAGAAACAGAUAAAAAAGUAAACAUUACGAGUGUAUUAAACAAACCUAAUAAAACACAAUUAAAUAAAAUUCCUAAGACUAUUGAAAAAUCUCCUAUCUUAAACUCAAUAUUAAAUAAAAACUCUUCCAAAGCUGCGACAACUAUUUCUAGAAAAAUUAUUGACAAAUCCAAUGAAAAACAUAAUGCGGAAAAAUGUAACUCAAGCAAAACCUCAUCUAAGAACGAAUUAUUAGAAGAACGAAAAAAAUUAGAAGCUGAGAGAAGACAACUGGAAGAAAUGCGACGCGCUAUCGAAGAAGAAAAGAGAAAAUUAGAGCAAAGUAAAAAUAAACGGGAAGAUGUAAAGUCUCACUCUUCUAAUAAAGAAAUGGCUAAAUCCAAAGGCAAUAGUGUAGAUAAGCAAAUAUCCAAAGAUAUAAAAACACGACAAUUUCCACUUUUGGAUUUGAAAUCACACUCGUCGUUAGCUAAUAAUAAAUUAAAACAAAAUCCACCACCUGAUAUAAAAUCCAUUAAAUCUAAAGAAAUUAUUAAAAAACCGCUUACAUCCAACAAACGCCGUAUCUAUGACGAGGACGAAGAUUCAGAUUUAGAUGAUUUCAUAGAUGAUGGAUCAGAUAAUAAUGAGGAAGAUUAUAGUAAACAUAUUAGCGAAAUAUUUGGCUAUGAUAAAAGCAAAUAUAAACAUCUUGAUAAUGAAGAUGACACUGCUAUGGAGAGUAAUUUUGCACAACAACUAAAGGAAGAAUACAUAUCCACCAAAAUAGGAAUUAUGGAAGAUUUAGAAGAUAUGCGUAAGGAAGCAUUAGAGAAAAAGGCAAAAAAUUUUCUUAAAAAGAAGCUUAGAAAAUAGUACAAAAUAUUUUGACUAUAUAUAUA